ACUUUGAAAUCGGCUCCCGACUGUGAUCCAUAUUGUCGAGAUUUAUAAAAGUAUCUUGACUCGCCCUUACAGUAAUUCCUCACCACGGUCAUUCACUAUCUCAGUCACACUUCCAUUCUACAACCGACUUCCAUAAGACGACCUCCACAAUGGUUUCUUUCACAUCUUUCUUUACCGCCGCUGUCGCGGCCUCCGGUGCUCUGGCUGUUCCGGUUACCGACCUUGCUACCCGCUCGCUCGGUGCAUUGACUGCACGUGCUGGCACUCCCUCUUCCCAGGGCACACACAACGGCUGCUUCUACAGCUGGUGGACCGACGGCGGCGCGGAGGCUACCUACACCAACGGCAACGGUGGCAGCUACAGCGUCUCGUGGAAGACCGGCGGUAACCUUGUCGGUGGAAAGGGCUGGAAUCCUGGCGCCGCACGCACCAUCACCUACUCCGGCACCUACAACCCCUCCGGUAACUCAUAUCUCGCCGUCUACGGCUGGACUCGCAACCCGCUGAUCGAAUACUACGUCGUCGAGAACUUUGGCACGUACGACCCCUCUUCCCAGGCCACCGUUAAGGGCUCCGUGACCGCCGACGGCUCCAGCUACAAGAUCGCGCAGACCCAGCGUGUGAACCAGCCCUCUAUCGAUGGUACACAGACCUUCAAUCAGUACUGGUCUGUCCGCGCGAACAAGCGUAGCUCCGGUUCUGUCAACAUGAAGACCCACUUCGAUGCAUGGGCUGCUAAGGGUAUGACCCUUGGCACCCACAACUACCAGAUCGUUGCCACUGAGGGUUAUUUCUCCAGCGGCAACGCGCAGAUUACCGUCAACUGCGCAUAAGGAGCGGAAGGCUUGAGUGGAAACGCUUGAGCUGGGACCAUGGCUGCAGACC